AUGUUGGCCCGCAUGCGGCAGGGGAACACCACCAAUUUUUGGAAGGAACGUGCAGCUGGAACGCAGGUGAAAUGUUAUUCUUUGAGCGGUGAUGUGUUGGCAGAAGUGACCUUGGGUUCCCGGGCCACCUUCGCGAAUUUGAGAUUGGCGUUGCGGAGCAAGGUCUCAAUUGAAACGAACCAAAGUUUGCGUUUUUUUGCCAUUGAUGGAGGUGAAUUGGAGGAAUCUUCAGAAGGGAAAAUCCCGCUGGAACUUACUGUGGUUGUUUCAGCUCGCGAGUGGGUCGUCACGGCGUGCGCAGAUGGAUCCGCGGCUAUGUGGGAUGCCAAUACUGGCGAGUGGUGCAAGUCCCUGUUUGGCCAUGACUUGUCCGUUUUCUCAGUGGCGCUGUCCCCUGAUCUUUGCUCCAUCGCCACGGGCUCGUCGGACCACACGGUGCGGCUCUGGAGUGUCCAACGCCAGAGCUGGCGCCUGACCCUUCGUGGGCACCGCAGCGGCGUGCUGUGUGUGAACUUUUCUGGCGAUGGGCAGCGCUUGGUCUCUGCCUCCAGCGACAAAACGGCGCGAGUUUGGAGUGCAGGGAGUUUUGGUGAGUGUCUCUCGGUGCUGCGCGGGCACCGCAAAGAUGUCUCUUGGGUCACCUUCUCGCCAGAGGAUUCGGAGAUUUUGACCAGCUCCGAUGAUCGUAGCGUGAUCUUCUGGGAUGCCGAGACGUUUCUGCGCUUGCAGACGGUGGGCCAGCUGCACCGCAUCAACUGCGUGAGCUAUGCCUGCGAUGGGCAUCACAUUGCUCUGGCCUUCCGGACCAAGGAGGUGGUGAUUUGGAGAGUAGAGCGGCCCCUGCCCACGGCUGGUUUGGCGCCCACGGUGCUACGGCAGCGCGCUGAUGCCUUCGCUGUAGCGUGGCAUCCGCAGCGGAUGCAGCUGGCGGUUGCUCUGGCGGAUGGCAGCUGCAGCCUGUGGGACGCGCUGGGAGGCCAGCUUGCCAGCCUCCAAGGCCAUGCGGGGAAAGUUUUCUCGGUGACUUUCUCCAGCAACGGACUGCUGGCGACCGCCUCUGCUGAUGGCACUGCGAAACUUUGGAGCUGCGAGAGCUACGGAUGCUUGCGGUCCCUCGAGGGACACACGGCUGCGGUGAACGCGGAGCUGAAACACGUGCCUCACUGGCCGUUCACCGUGGGAGCUGAGGCCACACCACUGUGCCCGAAUGGCCAUCCUGGGGAUAUCCGUGGUAACUUGCUACAGGCCAGCCACUAUGAGGAUAACCCCAUGUCAAAAACUGCUGCCAGACCCCAGCUGCCUGAAAGACGGCAAGAAGGCGGUCGAGGGCCUCAGAGGGCCUAUGACGCCUUGAUGCCGCUGAUGAAACCAACAACUGAUGAGGUGGUCUGGGAGAUGGUGCAGCACUUCAACGAUUUCACUACUUCGGCAGUGAGCAAGUGCAAGACCGUGACCCACGAUGCUGUGUUCAUCAGUGGCUUUCCGCUCUUUCCAGCCGAGGUCUAUCAACGGUUCAGCGGCUAUGCCGCGCGGCACCGGCGUGAAGCGGCCCUUGGCGUCUUGCAGAGCUUACAGGACACGUCUCUCAGCAAUCUCUGCGGCCAGGCUUUGUCCACGGAGGAGUCAAUCGCAAGGAAUGCCUAUGGCGACGGCUACAUCCUGGAAGUCGUGGAACAGCACUUGGGGGUGCCGCUGCUCUUGGACACCUUGGGGCUGCGGGGCAGUGGCUCCACCCUUGCCACCGUGGCCGUCACUGCAGUAGCUCAGUUGCACCACAUCUUUGAGCAGCUGGCAGAUGCGGUGGCACGGCUUGGAGUAGGAGGUGCACGCAACGAGACUCGCAGCCUCACACGAUUUUUGGCCAGCCUGGUGGCCUCCUCAGUGUGGAGGGAUGUCGAUUUCGCACGGCAGUUGCUGAUUCUUUGGAGAUUCUUUUGGGCAAUCCUUGAUGGUUUUCCAGCCACCGUGUCCCUGGACCUUCUUCGGGUGCGCUUGGCGCAGCGGUUUCUGAGUUUCUGCUUCGGAUGUUGCAUGCUGGACCCGUUGGAUGCAGCCGUUUUGGCUCAGUCCGACAGUCAGAUGGACCUGAUUCGAUUGGGUGAACUCAUCAACCAGGAACAGAAGGACCACGAGGAGGCACAGUGGACUACGCAACUGGGUGAGCGGUAG